AGCUCCCUACCAUAUCACAUAUCAUGCGGUGAACCGGCAUCGUCGAUACAGAUAAUCUACAAACAACAAACAAACUAUUCAAGGCUCAGUCCACUUCCACAACGAAACUCCAGAUACCAAUCCUACACUAUUUCCACACCAGUCCCCCACCAUGCCCUCCACCGACCCAAAGUACGAUGAGAUGCACCAACAACUCUUCGCCGAAGGCCUCGCCGUCCGCCGCGCCGUCGUAGGCGACUCCUACGUGACCUCCGCCCUCGAAAACGGCUCGACAGACUUCUCGCGCGCGGGCCAAGAACUCGUAACCGAGUGGUGCUGGGGCUACGCAUGGACGCGGCCCGGCCUGGACCGCAAGCAGCGCAGCCUGAUCAACAUCGGGAUGCUGAUGGCGCUGAACCGCGCGCCGGAGCUGGCGGUGCAUAUCAGGGGCGCGCGCAAUAAUGGGCUCUCGGAGUUGGAGAUUCGCGAGGCGAUUAUUCAUGCCACGACGUAUUGUGGGGUUCCGGCGGGUGUGGAUGCGAUGAAGACCGCGGAGAGGGUGUUGGAUGAUAUGGCGCAGAAGGGGGAGAUGGCGAGGGAGUUGGGGGGGAGGAGUGAGAGGGCGGGGAGGGAGGGGGAGGGUGGGGAGAAGAGUGGGGAGAAGAGCGAGGAGAAGACUGCGUAG